CCUCUGUGUCAAAGAGUAACCAGUGCAGGACUUAGCCUGGGCCACACAGUGUGUCAGAAGUAGCAUAGGCUAGAUAGAGCCCAGUGUCUCAGCUCCCCAGACUCAGGCUUUCUUAGCCUGGGUGCAGUCAACAUUGUAUGCUGCUAAUUCAUUGUUGCGGGGGCUGUCCUGUGCGUGAUGGGAUGUUUAAUAGCAUCCCCGGCCUCUACCCACUAGAUACCACUAGCUCUUCCCACCGUUGUAACAGCCAUUCAUACAUGGGCAGGUAUCUGGAAGGGGGCAAGUGAGGGAGGUGGGGGCUACAGAAUCAAGCUUGUUGAGAUUGUUCAGUCAUUCCUCUGCUGCUUUUUCAGAUUUUACUCUCUUGGUCCUACCCUUCCUCAUUACAAAUGGUUUACAACCAUUACACACAGUAGUCCUCUUUGGCUCCUGGAAACAUUGCUAGGAUUCUCUCCCAGCAUCUUCUCAGUCUCUAUUAGGCCUUUUUCUGGUGUUCUCUUCUGCAAGCUGUGUUCCCCAAAUCUUUUAGUUUCCAGACUCUGAGAGGCCUGGGUGAUGAAUAGGACAGAUGUGGGGUAGGAUAGGGAUAAGACAAGACCAGACCUAUUCCAGAAUCAGGCAUGUGGAGCUAUCGGCUAGAGGAAGUGGAGGGGCUGUGGGAUGCGGAGAGCCGAGGGCUAACUCCAGGACAGCGGAACAGAGAGAGCUGCCGACAGUCAGAUGCAGGCUGAGGAGCUCUCACCUCCCAGAAUGACCAGUGCAGCCUCGGCUAAGAAACCAUACCGUAAGGCACCACCUGAGCAUCGGGAGUUGCGGCUGGAGGUUCCAGGAUCCCGGCUGGAGCAGGAGGAGCCCCUGACUGAUGCGGAGAGGAUGAAGCUUUUGCAACAGGAGAAUGAGGAGCUCCGCAGGCGCCUGGCCUCGGCCACCAGACGCACUGAGGCCCUGGAGCGCGAGCUGGAGAUUGGGCAGGACUGCUUGGAGCUGGAGCUGGGUCAGAGCCGCGAGGAGCUGGACAAGUUUAAGGACAAGUUCCGCAGGCUUCAGAAUAGCUACACGGCCUCUCAGAGGACCAACCAGGAGCUGGAGGACAAGCUGCACACGCUGGCCUCUCUUAGCCACAGCUGGAUCUUUGCAAUUAAGAAGGCCGAGAUGGAUAGGAAGACACUGGACUGGGAGAUCGUGGAGCUGACCAAUAAGCUGCUAGACGCCAAGAACACCAUCAACAAGCUGGAGGAGCUCAAUGAGCGGUACCGGCUGGACUGCAACCUGGCUGUGCAGCUCCUCAAGUGCAACAAGUCCCACUUCCGCAACCACAAGUUCGCUGAUCUACCCUGUGAGCUACAGGACAUGGUUCGGAAACAUCUGCACAGUGGUCAAGAAGCCGCCAGCCUGGGCCCCACUGCUAGCCUGGCACCGGGGGCUGUGGUACCCACGUCGGUCAUUGCCCGAGUGUUAGAGAAGCCAGAGUCUCUCCUGCUCAAUUCAGCCCAGUCGGGCAGUGCCGGGCGCCCCUUGGCCGAGGAUGUCUUUGUGCACGUGGACAUGAGUGGGGGUGGCUCGGGUGACUCAGCUGGUCCCCCGGCCCUGGGCAGCCCCAUUCCACAACCCAAUGGAGAAUGCCACUCUCUGGGCACUGCUGGGGCUUCCCCAGAGGAGGAGUUAGCCCUGCCAACCUUUGAGAAGCUGAGCCCCUACCCCACCCCAUCUCCACCACACCCGCUAUAUCCUGGCCGCAAGGUAAUAGAGUUCUCUGAGGAUAAGGUGCGAAUCCCCCGCAACAGCCCCCUGCCCAACUGCACGUACGCUACCCGCCAGGCUAUUUCCUUGAGCCUGGUGGAGGAGGGCAGUGAGCGGGCCCGCCCCAGCCCAGUGCCCAGCAGCCCUGCCUCGGCCCAGGCCUCGCCCCACCGUGAACCCAGCCCCCUCCCCCCAGCACUCCACGCCCCUGCCAGCUCUGAGGAGGACCUGCUAGCUAGCUGGCAGCGGGCAUUCGUGGACCGCACUCCACCUCCAGCUGCCGUGGCCCAGCGCACAGCCUUUGGACGGGACGCACUCCCUGACCUGCAGCGCCACUUUGCUCUUAGCCCCACUGACAGAGACGAGGAGGUUUUGGCACCUUCCCCACCUGGUGAGAGUGGGCUUUUGCUGCCAAUGGAAGCGGACUCUGGCCUUCUCAGGGAGGAAGAAGAGCUGAACCUGCCCAUCAGCCCUGAGGAAGAAUGCCAGAGUCUGCUGCCCAGUGACCGUGGCGCCGAGGAGGGCUCAGUCUCUUCUCAGGCUUCGGGCAGGGCCUGGGCACUCCCCAGCUCCAGCCGCCCCCAGCGCAGCCCCAAGAGGAUGGGGGUGCACCACCUGCACCGCAAGGACAGCCUGACCCAGGCCCAGGAGCAGGGCAACCUGCUCAACUAGGGCCCCUGUUGCCUUCUUGCCACCGCUGCACGGGGCCCCCUGGAGGCCCCACCCCAGCACUCCCCCCUCAGGCCUGCACUGCUGUCUGCCCCUCUGCAGGGAGGGUCAGGUGGCGGCUACCCCGGGCCUUUAACUGCAUCCACUGACUGGUACCAGCUUGCCUCAUGGCUUUCCCCUUUUUCUUGGAAUAUUUACUCCCCAAAGGUAACAUGCAGCUGGGGCUCAAAAACCUUCGUCAGCCCAAAUUGGGCUGUUCGGGCCCUGAGGGGUCUGUUACAUCAGUGUUUAUCCUCCAUCCCCCUUUCAUACCCACGGAUUUUCUUGUUUCUUUGUUUUUCCAGGGGUGGGAGGGGGAUGUCGUUGGGAUUAUUAACCUCUAAUUUCUAUUUUCUGCCUGCUUUCCUCUCCCCUCAAGUCCUCUGUACGAGCUGUUGCCUUCAAGGGGCCCUUGGGGGAUGAGGGAGAGGACUCACUCAGGGCUCGCCUCCGCUGUGUCCAUCCUCCCUCUGGAAGGGAGGAGAGGGAGGGCCUCAAGGGCCUCAAGCUGGGCUCUGGGUGAGGCCUGGCCCCCUCCCAACCUUGGCUCUAGACUGUUACUCCCAGCUUUGGGACGUUUUCACAUCGAUGACUAUUUUAAAAUUAAAACUAUUUUACUGACAUGGCCUAA